AUGUCGCGGGUUGAGGAAGAGAACAAACGCCUCAAAGAUACGCUGGCUCAACUUGAACAAGGAGCGAAACCGCAGCGAGUCGACGAAGCACGUGGAACACAACAGCGAACGGUCCCUAUAUCCCAGUCGCAGCAAGGAAUGGUCGUGUAUACGCCAGACUCAAGCGCCGGCUUAGGAAGAAGGGAGAGGAUGGUCAUCCGGGACGCGAAUGAUCCGUUUUCAAAUCCUCAGUCCUCUGGUCAGCUUGAUACAGUCGCGCAAUCACAUGGGCCGACAAGUGCGGUCGCUGACGAAAUCGCAUCAAAUCUGGGCAUGAUGGCUAGAAAGCCUCAUCAGCAUGCCGAGGGAUCAGAAACCGCCCGGAAUGCCUUGUUUGCAAACUCAGCUAGGUCGAGUCAGUUAGAGAAAAUUCACUUCGGCUCCGGACGAUACGACUUCGAUGGAGUAGAACCUCGAUUGGCAAUGCGUCUCUUGUCGUUGUUCUGGGACCGUCAGCUCGACGUCGGCGCAGUAGUCUAUCGACCCCUCUUUAUGAGGGAUAUGGCAUGUAAUGGGCCGUACUUCUCCAAGUUACUUCUCAAUGCCAUAUACUUCACCGCAUCAAAGCAUUGUUCACACGCAGAGGUUUUUGACGAUCGGAAUAACGCGCUGACUGCUGGUAGAAGAUUUCGGCGAAGAAUUAUGGAAUUCAUUGGCGACCAUAUUACCACUAGCGAAAUACCUACAGUUCAAGCUCUUCUCUUACUAUCCUAUGCCUUAUUUAAUUGGUGCGAUGAGAAGAGCUUGUCAUGGCUAUAUUCCGGCAUGGCUUUCAAUAUGAUCACAGACUUGGGUAUUCAUUCUAGUCAUGCGGUUGACUCAAGGUUCGGUAAACUUGCCCUUGAAGACAUUGAAGCCAGACAAAGGCUAUUCUGGGGAGCUUACACCGUCAUUUCAGCAAUCGAUAAAUUUUUGUCGUUGUACCAAGGGAGGUGCAUUCGUUUGCGGGACGCCGACGCAAGUAUAUUUCUACAAUUUCUUGAUGAACACGAGGAGUUUGAGGCAUUAGAUCCGUCGUCCUAUGCGAGUAGCAGCGAAACCAGCAAUAUUCCGUCACAUGGAAUAUCAAUCUUGAAGGGUUACUGCUCACUAUCUAUCAUCAUGUCUGGUAUCCUGGAAACUCUUUAUACAGAGCGCAGUACAACCAAAGACCCAUCAACCCUCCUAGAUGCCGCAUCAUCCUUAUACAAUGGGCUCCAGGGCUGGCUAGUUGCUCUUCCGUCGAUACUUUCGACUCCAUUAUCGCGAAUGUCUUCGGAGAGCGCGUCGCCCCAUAUCCUUUCACUGAGACCAUUUGUGUCUGAUGGACAUUUGCGCAGUGUCUCCCUUUCGAUUGCACCGGUAGCAUUCGCCACCUGUGUUUCUGCAGCCGCUUCAAUAGAUCAUAUACAUGUUUUAUAUGGCAGAUCAUUUUCCAUGAGAUCUGCGCCUUACAUAUUGUCUUAUGCAACUUAUGUGAGUGCUACAAUUCAUGCCAGAGUAGCUGCGCAAAGUGCACCAGGGUCCUCAGCGCAUGCCUCCCUUCGGAGAUGUAUUUUGACUCUUCGAGCGCAAAAGCAAGCUUCAUUAGGGCCAAAGAAAGCCCUGGAGGUGAUCGAAAGUCUCAUCAGACGUGUCGGGAUUCAUAUAGAUGACGAUUGCAUCGCAUCCUCCUCGACCGAUGCGACUACACAGCGCUCUGAAAGCACUUUAGGCGCUGACAAUAGAAAUACCGACACAUCUGCGAAUACCGCGGAGUCUAUUACAGAUCCCUUCCAAAUAUCCACAACGAGUGAUGAACAUCUUAUUCCCGAAGGGAUAUUUGAGUACGACAUGGACUGCAUCUUCCAAAGCUUCAAUAUACCACAAGACAACAUCAUGCAGCAGAUGCGCCAUUCGCCACUAAUUAAUAACGAGGAUGCGAUUUGGGACAGCAGUACUACUAGUAUGCUCGAUCCGAUGUCUCCUCUAUUUCCCCUGGAUCCAUUAUAUGGACUGGAAAACAUACCCAGUAAUCUAUGA